UCAUACUUGAGAAAAUAAAAUGCUGUGAACGUGAAAGCACUGGCGAAGUGGGUGAAAGCGAUAAAAGCAAGGGAAAAACGAGCAGUUGUGCACAAAUGAACAUGUUGGGUCGAAGAUUGUGUCGCACUGUCCUGUCUGCCGGGCGGAAUCACGUGGUGCCAACCGCUCGCCGCUCCAAUCAAGUCUACAGAGGAAGCAUCAAGAUAGAACCAAAAAUAGGAGUGGCUGGAUAUUCUCUAUUGGCAAUACCUGUUGUGGCAUUUGGCCUUGGCACAUGGCAGGUGCAGCGCCGCAAGUGGAAACUGGGUCUCAUCGAAGAGCUGGCACGUAAAACCGAGCUCCCACCUUGUGAGCUUCCGGACAACUGGAGCGACCUUGGAAAGAUGGAAUACCAGCAGGUGCGAGUAACGGGCACUUUCGACCACUCGAACGAGAUGUACGUGAGCCCACGCUCGCGCAUCCAGCAGGAAUCCGAAAGAUACGGAGGCGGUGGACUCAUCUCGACCGCAAAUUCGGGAGCCCUCGUCGUCACCCCGUUUAAACUGAGCGGGAGAGAGGAAACCAUACUCGUUAAUCGUGGAUGGGUGCCUCGGAACAAGAUUCCUCCAAAUACUAGACAAGAGGGGCAGGUUGAAGGAGAAGUAGAGCUAGUUGGUAUUGUGCGAAGGCCAGAAAAGAGGCCACCCCUAGGUCCGAAGGACAGCAGAAGUGGUCACACCUGGCACUACAAGGAUACAGAGAGCAUGGCACGAUACUGUAAUGCAUGGCCAAUCUUAAUAGAUGCGAUUGCAGCAAGUUCGGUUCCAGGCGGCCCUAUUGGGGGCCAGACAAAUGUGACGUUACGGAAUGAGCACUUCUCUUACAUCCUCACAUGGUACUCCCUGAGUGCGAUCACGGCGUGCCUGUGGUACAUGAAGUAUUUCCGACGUAUGCCACUCAUGUGACCUAGAAAGAAAAUAUUUUCGCUUUGCACGUUAGGAGCUCCGUAAUAAAAGUAUAAUUCUGGA